CCGGCCGGCCGCCGGACUUUGCUGCCGCGAGCGGGGCAGGCGCGGCGACGGGCACCGGGAGCUCGGCGGAGAGGUGGCGGUGCUCGAGCUCGGCGGGUCAGUGCGGCGGCGGUCCUGAGCGGCAGCCGGGCCGAAGCCUCUCCUUGCGGCCCACGGCUGGAUGAUGGGCACCUGCUCCUUCCUCCAGGACACGCUCUCAGCUCUGCCCGGCCUUUGGGUUCUCGAGCCGGCUCUCCUGCCCCGGCCUUACCCUCUGCCCUCCCCGGGGCCAGCCUUCUGAGGUCUCCCCACGAAGCAGAAGGGCUCCUCCUCGGCCGGCGGCCUGCCUCUGCUCGCGCCCGCCAUGGGAGGCAACCUGGGCUGCCACCGCUCCAUCCCCAGGGACCCCUCGGACCUGUCCCACAGCCGCAAGUUCAGCGCUGCCUGCAACUUCAGCAACAUCCUGGUGAACCAGGAGCGGCUCAACAUCAACACGGCCACGGAGGAGGAGCUGAUGACGCUGCCCGGGGUCACGCGGCCCGUGGCCCGCAGCAUCGUGGAGUACCGGGAGUACAUCGGCGGCUUCAAGAAGGUGGAGGACCUGGCGCUGGUGAGCGGGGUGGGGGCCACCAAGCUGGAGCAGGUCAAGUUUGAGAUCUGCGUGAGCAGCAAGGGCAGCUCGGCCCAGCACUCGCCCAGCUCCCUGCGGAGGGACCCCUACUCGGAGCCCCAGCAGUUCCACUUGGCCACGGCGCCCCCCACUGCCAAGGUGAACCUCAACACGGCCACUCCGGCCCAGCUCAUGAGCCUGCGGGGGGUCUCGGAGAAGGUGGCCCUGGGCAUCGUGGACUACCGCCAGGAGCACGGGCCCUUCAAGAGCGUCGAGGACCUCAUCAGGCUGGACGGCAUCAACUCGGGCUUCCUGGACAAGCUCCGGCCCCAGGUGUUCGCCGAGAGGUCCCGGCCGCCCUCCACGCACACCAACGGGGGCUUGAAUUUCACCGCCAGGCCCCACCCGAGCCCCACGUCCCUGAGCCUCCAGAGCGAGGACCUGGACUUCCCCCCGGGGGGGCCCACGCAGCUCCUCUCCACCCGGCCCCCCAUCGAGGCUUUUGCCGGGACCCGGGACGGCUGGCCCGUGCUGAGGCUGGCCACCUGGAACUUGCAGGGCUGCUCCAUCGAAAAAGCCAACAACCCCGGAGUGCGAGAAGUGGUGUGUAUGACCCUGCUGGAGAACAGCAUCAAGCUCUUGGCUGUGCAAGAUCUGGUCGACAGAGAGGCCCUGGAGAAGUUUUGUACGGAGCUCAACCAGCCCACCCUGCCCAGCAUCCGCAGGUGGAAGGGCCCCCGCGGAUCCUGGAGAGCCGCCGUCUCCGGGAAGCCCUCCAGCCCGCCCCCUCAGGGCGGGGCUUACCUGGGCUUCCUGUGGGAUGUGGCUGCGGGGGUGGAGCUGAGGGAGACCAGCGUCCCGGAGGGGCCCCCGGCCCCCAGCAAUGGCAAGCACUCGGCCCCCGCCCCCUAUGUGGCGCACUUUAAGAUUGGGGCAAACGACCUCAUGCUGGUGAACCUGUGUCUGGCCGCCCCAGCCUGCCCCCCGGGGGGCGAGAACGCCGGGAAGACCCCCAGCAACAGCCACAAAGCGUCCCCCUUCGCCACGACCCUGCAGGACAUGCUCAAAGGAGAAAAAGACUUUGUUAUCCUGGGAGACUUUGGCCAAGGUCCAGAGAGCAGCGACUGUGACAUCCUGAGGAAAGAGAAAUUCCAGGCCCUGGUCCCCGGCACCACCUUCACCGACAUCAGCACCAAGAAUCCCCAGGGCACAAAGUCCCUGGACAACGUUUGGAUCAGCAAAAGCCUGAAGAAGGUUUUCACAGGCCACUGGGCGGUGGUGAGAGAAGGCCUCACCAACCCCUGGAUUCCGGAUAACUGGUCGUGGGGCGGCGUGGCCUCCGGCCACUGCCCGGUGCUGGCCGAAUUUUACACGGACAAGGACUGGAACAAGAAGGAGACGGCCUCCCGUGGAGGCAGUGGCGUGUCCUUGGAGCAGAGCGAGUCCCACAGUAAACAUGAGCGGUGACGGGCCGGACAGCGCCGUGGCCGCCGGAGGGACCCCGACCCAGGAACCCCGACCCCGCCGCCCCUCCUCCUCUGUUGUCCAGGAACGUUCUGCGGCCUCGGCUCACUCCGGAGGGGGGAUUCUUUAUGGGGGACAGAGCGGCACUCCUGACCGGACAUUCCAGCCCCACACAGGGGGACCCUUGACUGCUUGGGAUUGAGGUCCGGCCCUUGGGAGGCCAGCCAGGCGAUCUGCCCGGAACGCUCCGAGCGGCCCUGCUCCGGGUGCCCGCCAGGUUAAUGAGGCGCUAUCCUUGGCCCUCGGACGCCCUCUCUGACCAUCACUGUUCAUCCUCCGCCAAUCGUUAGCCCUUCUCGGCUCCCGCGGGACUAAGCCGGACAUCCUGCUGACUCUGCCUGUCCCACAUUUGUUCUCGGUGCCAGAGCCACGGUGCCAUGGGGGGUGAACUGAUCCUCCUGGCUAGUGAUCGGAACCUGCCCUCUGGCCUUUGCCCUCCAGAUUCCCGCCUCCCCACCUGCUCUCAGCACACAACUGACCUUGGCUUCUUAGUGGAAAGGAUGGAGGUCCUGGGCAGCGAGCUUGUGGUUCUCACUCCCCAAUGCCCCAUCUCUCCCUCUUCUGGAAGCCCCAUCUUUCCUGCUCCCCGACGCCCCAUCUUUCCCGCUCCCCGACGCCCCCAUUGCUCCUGCUCUUCCUUUGCACCAGGUGGGGAGGAAGGCAGCCUUCCCCUUGCCAAGGCCAGCUCCCUUACUGGCUGAACCCUGGAUCCCUGGGCCCUAGGCCCAGCUCCUGUGGCCCCCCCUUCCAUCUCACCCAGGAGCUCCAUCAUUUCCCAGCUCACUUUCCUGUUCAUCCUGUUUCCCCCACCUGACGGCUCCUUGUCCCUGCCCUCCCCUCAAGCGCUCUCCCAUAGCUCUUCCCCAGGUCAGAGCCAGAGCUGGGGAGGGGCAUCUCGGGCCGCUUCCUUAAGCCCUGACUUCUGACCCGGGCCAGCUUCUCCCUGGCUGCCCAGGGCCCUGAGACUGCUGAGGCUGUGGCGGGGCCGCCUCGGGUCUCCCCUGCCCUCCCUCCCUCUCCGACGGCCCCUUCUCCCCCCGUCCUGCCCCCGCCUCUGGCCGGGCUCCCAUGGGCCCCCUGUCUCUGCUCUCAUUCACUCCCCUAGAUUAAGUCUAGCUGCAGGUGAUUACGGGCCCGGCCUCCGGCUGCCCGUUUGGCCUCUCCCUCGCAAGCCUCCCCUCAGACUUGGGGAUUCCUGCGGAGGCCGCCCCCACCCUAAUUCAAGGCCCUCCGGCCUCUCCCUUGGUCUCCCUGCCUCUGAUGUCUCCUCUCUCCAACACCUCCCCCAUCUUCCUUAGGGCCGGGCUCCUCGGUGCGUCCUGUGUCCUGCUCACUCCCAGCUGGCCAGUCCCGCCUCGGCACCUGGCGCUGCCCCGGCCCGGGAGCCGGGGCCUGGACCGCACUUCCUCCUGGCCUUCCCGACUUCCCCCGAAGUUCCACUCAGGUGCUUCCUCCUCUGGGAAGCCUUCCCUGCCCCACCCCCCACAACCUCUCCCCCAUUUCUCAUCCUCUGAAAACGGAGGUUCCCGGUGUGCCCCGUGGAGUGGCGCCCUCCCAGGCGGGCAGGGUCUGGGUCAGGUCCCUGCGCCCGGCCCCGGGUUUGCGGGUGGGGGGCACUGAAUAAAUGCUUCCUGGAUUGCCUUGAUUUGACUUGAAAUAAACCUCAGCAGAAAGGCUGA